AUGAUGAGCAAUAAUUUUGUUGAAUUGAAAGGAUCUGUUUUUAAAAAGUUUGGGAAGCCAAAUCUUUUUCAAAUGUCAUGUAGCGAUGUUAGAGAGCGUUUUCAUACAGUUGUUUUAUUGUUAGUUGUUGUGCUCAGAAAUAUGACCGCUGUAAAUUGGAAAUUAGAACAUCUCUAUGAAAUGACACCAGAUUUGAUUAUGAUUAUUGCUGCUGAAUUAAUGGUUGAUUGGUUGAAACAUGCUUUUAUAACAAAAUUUAAUGAAAUAAGUUCUCAAGUCAGCAGGCGAAUGGGCUUUGUACCAAUUCCAAUUGCAAUUAUGCUGAUACGAGUUGUAAGCCAAUCAGUUAAUUUGUAUGACAGAACAACUGUUGCAGUUAUUUCAACAGUUUGGAUAACAAUGCUUUUUAUAAAAAUAGUGAAUGGUGUUUUGAUGCAUAGUAAAGCUGUUGAUCAAGUAAUUGGAUAUUCACAACAAUUAGCUGCGCAAGGGGAAUUUGAAAGUGAAGAAUGUGAUGGGAGAAAACCACGUUAUUUAAGUAGAAGUAUGCCUGGAUCACCACAUAUGAGCCUUUACGAUUUUUCUGAUGUUUUGACACAAACAGCGAAGAAAGCUCCAAUCAUUCGAUUGCAACGAAAUAGCAGCAAACAAGAUAUUGAUGAGGAAUUGAGAAUUGAAGAACCUCCAAGAAGAUCACAAUCUGUUGGUAACUUUGUCAGACAGGAGACUGAUGAGAAUAAUGAAGGAAAUGAAAAUAAUCUUUCUGGAAUAUAUGAUAAAACUCUAAAGAGUGAUAGAGAUGAGGAAACUCAACAACAGCAGCGUCGAAUGAUUGUUCAUCCACAAGAGGAAUUAGCCAAUAUCCAGGCAUAUUCUUUACUUGAAAAUGUUAAUCAAACAACAGUUAGUACAUCAACAAGUGAUUUGAGACAUGAUGAUUGA